UACACAAGGGUAGUUUAUUUACUAGACUGAUCAGGCUAGAAGUGACAUCGGCAUGGGAGGCAAAGGAGGCGGCGGCGGUGGUGGCAAGGGCGGCGGCGGCGGCGGCGGUGGGAAGGGUUGUGGAGGGGGUGGCAGGAGCGGUGGCGGCGGAGGUGGUGGUGGCAAGGGAGGUGGUUCCGCGGGAGCGGGCUCGGGGAAGUCAGGCGGAGGUGGCUACGCCGGGCAUGGAGGCGGCGGUGGCGGCGGUGCAGGGAAGUCAGGCUCUGGAGGCGGCGGAGGCGACGGGAUGAUGAAGGCACCGGGAGGCGAUGGCGGGUACAUCUCCCGCUCCGGCUUCGAGUCCAACCCGCAGGGCUACUUCCAGGGGCUCCAUGGAGGCAACAAGUAGCUAGUAGAGGCUUGGAGUCUGCUCGCUUCUGCUAGCUAGGCUGCUUGUUACUAGCUAAUCAGCUGGACUACCGUGUCCCUGGCUGCUAAAUAAUGUAAAGAGCUUCGUCCAAAGCAGCCUAGCCUACUACUUCGCCCGCUUGGAACUAUAUAUGUAUGGAUCGUGGAAUGUGAAUGCUUGUGGUAAUCUAAUGCUGCAAUGUGUUAGUUAAUC